UAUCCUUUCCUGCGGCCGAACCCUAUCUCAACGCCAUCCUCGAGACUGGUGCCCAGCUCAGCCUCAUUUUACCGCCACUUUCGAUCGUCCCGUCGCAUCGUCAAUCACUCCCACUGCUCCAACAAAACCACAAUCCCUCUCUUCCGUCGAUCCCGCGACUCGCCCAUGUGAUCAAGCUCGAAACUACAAACCGACAUUCUCGCCCUUCUUUCCUCUCCUCCUCCUCUCCUCCUCUCCCACGCUUCGUCGACUCGCCCUCUCCAGGGCUGCUGGUCGAAAUCCGCCAUGGAUGAUGAUUUCCUCUUCCCACGAGCUGGCAUCGUGCCGGGAGGCGAAGGCUCUGUGCGGCCGGGAUACUACAAGGCCAUCGGCAUUGGUCUGGCGGUUGGGUCGGGUCUCUUUAUUGGAACGUCCUUCGUCCUCAAAAAGGUCGGCCUGCUGAAGGCGAACACCAAAUACAACGAAGCUGCUGGCGAAGGCUAUGGCUACCUCAAGAACGCCUACUGGUGGGCGGGCAUGAUCCUCAUGAUUAUUGGCGAGGUGUGCAACUUUGUCGCAUACGCCUUCACCGAUGCUAUCCUGGUUACACCACUUGGUGCGCUGUCCGUCGUCAUCACCACCAUUCUGUCUGCCAUCUUUCUCAAGGAGCGACUUAGCCUGGUCGGCAAAGUGGCAUGCUUUCUCUGCAUCGUGGGGUCGGUCGUCAUCGUCAUGAAUGCACCGCAGGAAUCCUCCGUCGCCAACAUCGAAGAAAUGCAGAAAUAUGUCAUCACACCGGGGUUUCUAUCCUACACGGGCGUCAUUAUUGUCGGAUCCGUCAUAGUCGCUUUCUUCGUCGGACCAAAAUAUGGUAAGAAGAAUAUGUUGGUCUACAUCUCGAUCUGCAGCUGGAUCGGUGGCUUGAGUGUCGUGUCGACCCAAGGUCUGGGCGCCGCCAUCAUUGCAUGGGCCGGCGGCCAGCCGGAAUACAAGCAAUGGUUCUUGUGGGUGCUGCUUGUCUUUGUUGUGGGCACCUUGCUUACCGAAAUUAUCUUUCUUAACAAAGCGCUCAAUCUCUUCAACGCCGCCAUUGUUACACCCACAUAUUAUGUCUACUUUACUAGCACCACCAUCAUUACGUCCGCAGUUUUAUUUCAAGGUUUCAAGGGCACUGCCCAGUCUAUUGUUACCGUUGUGUUGGGAUUCCUUACUAUUUGCUCUGGUGUAGUCCUGCUACAGCUCUCCAAGUCCGCCAAGGAUGUCCCCGAUGCUGCCGUCUUCAAUGGCGAUCUGGACCAGAUUCAUACCAUUGCCGAACAGGCACAGCCCGAGACGGAGCCCAAGGCAGACGCAAUCCGAGGCGCCGCUGCUAUUGUCAGGCGCAUUUCCAACGCACGACUGAGGAUGGAGGCCGAAGAGCUCAAACGUCUUCACGAAGAGAAGAUGGCCGAGAGCAUGGCCCCCAUCAGCGAAGACGGUCAGCCGAUGUACGAGUGGGACGGCUUGAGGCGAAGACGAACUAUUGCGUCCAGUAUGCACACCAGAUCGACUAGGCUUUCAACGCCGAUUCCCGGUUCCCCAGCCCCGCCGAGAACUCCUCAUCCGCCGCUGGGCAUGUCGCAUUUCCCUACAGAUGAAGAGCUCGCAGAACAUGAUCGCACUCCCGGUGUCUUCUCCAGCAUAGCAGGAACAAUCCGUGGCCGUCGGGGCCACAACCAGCAUCACAUUCUCAGCGUCAGCGAAAUGGACGACGAGGAUGAAGAAGCGCAGUAUGGUACCGACAAGAUUCCUAGUCCGAUGCAUCCGCUCGCCCUCAAGCAUAUUACGUUGCCCCAGCAGAAACCUGAUGACGAAGCGGGCGCUUAUUAUGGCCCGACGCGCGAGCACAUGUACUUCUCCCACGCAAACACCGACACCGCGUAUCGCGGCGCCGAAUCCGGCAAUGCCCCCCAAUUCCUCGCUCCGACACCACCGCCUCAUGGAACACGACGCCAGUUCUCUUUCAACAGGGUUUUCCGAAGAACACCCCAGCCGUCUGAAGAGGAACGCGUAGGGCUUGUCAAGGAACCCAGUGCCGACGGUAGAGAAAGAUCGCCAGGUGGAUCUCCGGGAGCGUCUCAUGGAACAUCGCCAGGAGGUUCACCUGAUCCAGCGGCUGGUGGAGGAGGAGUUGGACACCCUCCGGCCCCAGCUUUUAUCUAGAUAAGAAAGUGCAGGUCACAACCGGUCAAGCGAUGACAAUAUUUUGCAUUCGGUCGGCGUUUUCGGUCUUGUUUGAUGAAAUUACAGUUUUUCGAGUGGCUACAUUGCUUGUUCAUUAUGCAUUUUAUUCAUGACGGCUUUAUUCCUAUUUUUUGCUGGUCUCACAUUCACUAUUCAAUGAUAUGACGCUUUAGAAGCGGGUUGUUGGUUUGGUUUGAAACGGGCGGUCAUGACGGGACGAUACCCUCUCCAUAACUGUGCGCGAGCUAUGUGAAGAAACUAGAGAUGUAUGCGUUUUUUGCCCUAGACGUAUAAAGAAGAAAAACGGCGGUGGCUGCAGCGUGCUUGUGCAAUUACAAAUGAAUGAUGGCAAGGCAACAUGUCUUUUGUAUAUAGUGGCUUAGAAAAGG